GCGCAGAGGAUCCGACACUCGCAGCAGAAAGAGAGGGAGUGAGGGGGGCGGCGGGAAUCACCCACGGAACGCAAACUGCUCACUGGGACGAAAAACAUGUUGCCUCCAUCGCUCCCAUCGCUGCAAAAGUCGUAUGAAAUGUGUUACUCUUGAGAUUUUUCUUGCACUUCUGAGAAUUUUUUGGCUCAAAAGUAGACUGCGAUUAAUUAGAAGCGGAAUUGAAGUUACCACUGGACAGGUGCAGAAAAUGGUGCCAAAGCUCGUGGCGCUCGCGGCUUUGUGGCUGACGCUGCUGGCCAAGGUGCGCUGCUGCCCGGAGCAGUGCACCUGCCAGGACAAAUUCGCCCACCAGUUCGCAGACUGCGCUUACAAAGACCUGCUGGCCGUGCCCGUGGGUCUGCCCUCGAACGUCACCACCGUGGGCCUCUCGGCCAACAAGAUCAAAUCUCUGAAAAGCAAAAGCUUCGUCAAUAUCACUCAGGUCACAUCUCUCUGGCUGGCCCACAACGAAAUUGUCUCCAUUGAGACGGACACGCUGGCCCCGUUGAUUCAACUGCGCAACCUGGAUAUCAGCUACAACAAAAUCGUCAACUUUCCAUGGGAGGACUUGCUGAAUCUGACCGCCUUGCAACUCCUCAAAAUGAACAACAACGAGAUGGUGAACCUGCCCAAGGACGCCUUCUCCACGCUCAAAGAUCUGCGCUCGCUGCGUAUCAACAACAACAAGUUCACCACCAUCGUUCGGGGUACCUUUGCCGCUCUGUCCUCCAUGUCCCACCUGCAGAUCUACAACAACCCCUUCUCAUGCUCCUGCAGCCUGGAGUGGUUGAGGGACUGGAUCUCCACCACCAAGAUCUCCGUGCCCGAGCCAAAUUCGAUUCUGUGCGAGGCUCCCGAGGACCUGAAGGGUGUCGCGGUUACAAAAAUCCCCAAGCUGGACUGUCAGGUUCCUGUUGUCACGAUAACCUUCCAACCCGACAUUGGCAGUGUAGAGCUGGUUGAGGGCUCCACGGUGGUCUUGAACUGUGAGACCAAGGGAAGUCCAAAACCGCUGGUUAGCUGGGAGGUCAUUGCAGGGAAUCAGAACUUCCUGUUCCCUUUGCCCUCCGCGGGCGAAGCCCACGACCUGCCAAUCAACGACAAGACCACCAAGGGUCACUUCCUGGUUUUUCAAAAUGGCACCCUGGUCGUCCCUCGCCUGACUAAAAAGGAAGACGGUAAUUACACCUGCCUGGCGGUGAACGAUCUGGGCAAGGCCGAGAGCACGGUCAAACUGUCCCCGGCGGCGAACAAAAAACACGUGGCGGCGGAUUCCACUGUGGACAAGAUCCGCCCGUCCUACAACAAGCCCACUCAGCCCAAGAACUCCAAAAACAACGUGAUCAACUGGACCAAGGACAGGACCAAGAUCAUGCCAGACGGUCCCUCGGACAAAGAAGACGGCGCCCAGAAGGACUGGGUUUCCAAAGACCCCGUGGUUACCAGCAAGUGCGGCGUGCGAGACGGCAGCGAAUACGUUUCCAACCACGCCUUCAACAUGAGCCUGGACGACCUCAAGCAGUACACCUUCGAUUUUGGCGUCAUCGCCCUGGAGGUGUCGGAGACGGAGGCCAGGGUCAAGCUGAACCCGCUGCAGCUAGCCCGCAGCAAGUCCAACCUUCACCUGAGCCAAAGUGACAUCGCCGACACGGUGGUGAGGGAGCCCGUCGGUCUGUACAAGUCGGCCUCGGAGAAAGCCGCUCCGGACAUGCUCUACAUCUGCGUGGACACGGGAAACGGACACUCCCUCAUCAAGUGGUCUAACAUCGAAGAGGGGGUCAACUCCUAUCACUUCACCGGAUUACACCCUGGCACCAACUACACUCUUUGUCUCACGUACGGGGGACAAGACUGUCAAGUCCAAGUGGUCUUCACAACCAGGAAGAAGAUCCCUUCUCUUCUCAUUAUCGUGGUGGUGAGCAUUUUCCUCCUGGGCCUGGCCACCGUGCCCCUCCUGGGGGCCACCUGCUGCCACCUUCUCUACAAAUACCAAGGGAAGACCUACAAACUCAUCAUGAAAGCGCACAAUCCCGACCAGAUGGAGAAGCAAAUGACCGGAGACUUCGAUCGGAGGGCGUCCUUCGUGGAAUCCGAGAAGACCUUCGACCCCAGCGAAAUGGGCGAGGAAGGCGGGGAUCCCCCCGAGGGAGACGGUGAAGCCGAGGGCAGCGCGGCCACGGGAUCCCUCCGCGGGUCUUCAUCCAAGACCAACCAGGAGGAGUUCGAGGUGGGCUCCGAGUACAGUGACAGACUCCCGCUGGGAGCGGAAGCCGUCAACAUCUCAGAGGAGAUCAACGGAAACUACAAGCAGCCAAGCCGCUGAGAGCCUUGUAAGAUCCCCCUUCCUUUUAAUCCACAAAUAAUUCUUUUAUUUUCCUUUAUUUUUAACCUCAGAAAAAAAAAAAACACCUCGCCUGUCACUGAGAUUGGAAGAGUCUCUUGUAAUAUUAAACAACGUCUUUACGCACCAAAAGAGGCGCUCAUUCAACUGCGCAGAACAGCGACUGGAUUAAAAAUUCAGCAAUUUGUCCGCCGGUUUUUCCCAACGUUUACUAAACCGCGGCACAUAUUUUAAGAUAUCCUUUAUUUGUCCCGCAAUGGGGACAUUUACAGUCAGAGUUCAGAAAGGAAACCACAAGGUAGGGGGGGGGGGGGGGGGGGGAACACGCUCGAACUAUCCUCUUCUGAGGAUAAUUUAAAUCCAGAAUAAAAAAAAACAAACAAAAAAAACCCCACAUUAGAUUGGCAAAAAUGUCACGGCACGAACGAUACAGUCACAAAGCGUAGCGUUCGACGGAUUGACAUU